AUGGGCUACGCCAAAGAUGCCUUUGAUGUCUAUUACAAUGAACAAAAAGUUGUGGGUGGUAGCGUAGUUUCAUUUAAAGUAUUAACUGAUGGUUAUGCAAAAGAUGCUUUUAAGGUGUAUUUCCGUGGUCAAACAGUAGCUGAUGCUAGUAUCCAUUCAUUUCAGCCGUUAUCUCAGGGCUACGCAAAAGAUUCGUUUAAUGCAUAUUAUUCUGGUAAAAAAAUUCAAGGCGCCAGCGUUUCUUCAUUUCAAGUAAUUGGAACAGGUAUAGCCAAAGAUUCGUUUUACACGUAUAGAUUUGGACAAAAAAUAUGA